GUUAUCACAUAAAUCAUUGUUUUGAACAAGUUUAGUACGAGAAAUGAUGUAGUUAAGCAGUAUUACCCUGAAUCUAUACAGAAUAGUCCGUAAGCGCACAAAAUGACUGACAUGGAUUAUUUAUUUAAGCCAAUUGUGCUUAUUACUGGAUUUGGUCCGUAUAUAAACCAUCCAGUAAACGCAAGUUGGGAAGCAGUGAAAAUUAUGAAUAAAGACGAAAUCGAAAAGAAACAUAAAGUGGAACUUGUACAAAUCGAAAUGCCUGUAACAUACGAGAACGUUGAUGAAUUCGUACCUGCGCUUUGGGAAACACACGAACCAAAGCUAGUGAUCCAUGUAGGUUUAUCAUCAAUAGCCAAGGAAGUAACAUUAGAGAAGCAAGCCCACAGGAAAGGGUAUCAAAAGUUAGACUACUUCGACAAAUGUCCUGCGGACCACACUUGCAGUGCCGACGGAGCAAUACGGAUCCACAGCAAGCUGGAUAUUGAGAAAAUAUGCAGUGAUUUUAAUGAUAAUGAUCCUCCGGAAGGUACUAAAGCUGUCACUUCCUUAGAUGCGGGAAGGUACCUCUGUGAAUACAUCUACUACACAUCGCUAAGUGUCGACAACACUCGUACAAUAUUUGUACACGUACCAGAUUUAAAAAUAUACAGCUCGGAACAAACCGCGCGGGCUCUAGAGAGAAUUAUAGAUUUGUGUCUGGAACAAGUGAAGCUUACAGACCAGAGAUUAGAGAAGAAAGCUGACGAUAAAGAAUAAUUAUGAUUUAAAUAAAUUCAUAAAUUCAAUUCUUGGUACAAUUUUGGCCGCUUUGAAGUUUACUGCAUUAUUGAUUUCAAAAAUAUAAUUUCGUCUUCACAUGAUGCAAAGGUACUUCAGCAGUCAAAUUUUUCGUAGAUGUAUCAAAAAUUGUAUUAAAUAAGUACAUUAUGUAUUAGACAAAUUUAUGUAUGUUUCAGUAAAGUAUUAUUUUAUCUGUAUUGUGUAUAAAAUAACUAUAUUUUAGCAAAUAUCAACAAAUAUUUGGAUUAAAAAUAUAUCUGUAAAAAUGUAGGUGACAAUGUUAAUGAACUAUGGCUAUUUUUAUACCAUUUUAAUGGAAAGAAUUACAUUAAUAUAUUAAGAAUGUACUUAAUGUUUUUAAUACAUUCCAAGCAGCUUUUCAUAUAAUAAAUUUUACUUUUGUAAUAAUAUUAAAUUAAUGAGGCUCUGGCUAAUAAUCAAUGCUUUAUUUUAUUUACAUAUUCGUACAUUAUAUUUUGAAGAAAUGAUUAAUUAAAAAAUAUAAUGUUUGAUUAAUCUGUUAUAUCACUAAACUACAUUUAUUAUAAUAAAUUUCAAAUCUGUGCAGCCAUUUAGGAGGAGCUCAGUGACAAACACUCGCACAGAAGAUUGUCUUUGUAUAUAACUUGUUAUUAAUUAACUUAUUUUGUUUGAUGAUUUAAAUAAACGUCUUAAAUCCU